AUGUCUUUCUACAAUCAACGGGCUCCCGAUCUUGAGUCUAAUCAAGUUCAAUAUGAGCUUCAGCCUAGGAGUGGGAUGGCGAUAAAUCUUGCGAAGCGUCGUGAGAUCGAAGAACAGCUCGAUCAUAUCAUAUCAAAGCAAGCUGAACUUCGACCAGCCCAGCAAGCUCUUCUCAACUCGACCACUUCAACUGAGGACCAGCAAUGUCGCCUUCAUAUCGAGUCUAUUGGAAGCGACAUCAUAGGCUACUUUGGCACCUCUCGUAAUUUGCUCGCGAUACUUAAACGCGAGUCAAAUCCAGAUGAUUGGCACGCUCAGACUCAGAUUCAGUACAUCAGCGACAAAAUAAGAAAGGAGAUUGAAGCCUACAGAUUAUCUCAGAGAGACUUUGAUCGCCAGAUGCGUUCGCAGGUGCGCCGACGAUAUGAGAUCGCUCACGAAGAUGCUACACCCGAGGAGAUUGACCAAGGCGUAGAGAAUGUGAUCAUGGGGCAGGAGCAGGUAUUCAGUGUCCAGGGUCAGCGAAGCCAGCACGCAAGUGAGGCUCGUGCGGCUGUCAUACAAAGAUCAGCCGCAAUUCGCAAGAUCGAGCAAGAUCUGAUCACUCUCGCGGAACUAUCACAAGAAGUUGCUGAGCUUGUCCAUCAACAAGAAUCUGCUGUUGUUGAAAUUGAACAGACGGUAAACCAAACCCACGAAAACCUGCAAAAAGCCAAUACUCACUUGGACAUGGGAAUUCAAAGUGUGCGCAACGCUAGGAAAUGGAAGUGGUGGGCUCUCUUCAUUUGUCUUCUCAUUGUGCUCAUUGUUGUGGUUGUGGCGGUUGUGUACUGCUCCUUGAGCCAUAGCUGUUCAGUCAAAUAA